AUGCUUACCGGAUCUGCACCCAUAUCUACAGAUGUCAUCGACUUUUUGAAAAUUGCGUUCUCCGCCCCAAUCUUCGAGGGCUACGGCCAAACGGAAACUUCUGCCGCCUCGCUUUUGACGGAAUCAAACGAUUUUACUAGCGGGCAUGUUGGAAUUCCCACUCCAUCAAACGAGGUGAAGCUGGUUGAUGUCCCCGAAAUGGGAUACACUUCUGAUGAUCCUCGACGCCAACGAGGAGAAAUCUGUUUGAGGGGCCCUCAAACCUUUUUAUCCUACUACAAGGAUCCCGAGCGUACCGCAGAAGUCAUCGAUGCAGAUGGCUGGGUGCAUACGGGGGACAUUGGUGAAUGGACAGAGACCUUCCAAAUGCGAAUUAUCGACCGCAAGAAAAACAUCUUUAAAUUGUCCCAAGGAGAGUAUGUUGCCCCCGAAAAAAUCGAGAAUUUUUUGCUUCAAGCUCCGAUUGUUGAGCAGAUUUUUGUUACCGGAAACUCCCUUCGUUCUGCUCUCGUUUCUAUUGUGGUUCCAGAUCGCGAGCUUGCUCUCAAAUGGGGAGCGUCCUCUAGGCUGCCAUUUGAGGAGAUAUGCAAAAACGAUGCAUUUAAUGCCUACAUUUUAGGCGAAAUUAACUCGUUUGCUCGCUCGCAGAAGCUCCUUAAGGGGUUUGAGAUUCCAAAAGCCGUUUUCAUCGAAAUCGAGCCGUUUUCAAUCGAAAAUGGCCUUCUUACAACAACAUUUAAGCUGAAAAGAUUCGAAGCCGAGAAGCGAUACAAGGAGCAUGUUGAGCACCUUUAUGCCGGGCUGGAAGAGCCAUUAUAA